UCUCCCCUCAUUUUUUUGAGGAACCCUUACGCUCGGACGCUCGGACGCUCUCGGGAACUCCGAAAUCUGUCGGUUUUCGCUCAAUGACGCGGCAAUGGCUGAUCCUGGCGGCUGCGAUGGCCGGAAUGGCUUCCGGAAUGGCCUCCGGGGACGAUUGUUUUCUCCUUACUGUGGCAGCAAAGUAUGGACACAGCCACGAUGUGGAGGACCUGCUGAGCCAGGGAGUGGACGUUGACUGCGGAGAUGGCUGGACGCCUCUGCAGUUUGCCGUCUCGGAAGAUCACGCGGACACCGCUGAGAUACUGCUGCAGCACGGAGCAAAGGUCGAUGUCAAGCCCGAGGAUACUGGCCAAACGUGUCUGCAUUGGGCUGCCUACGAUGGCUACUUGGAGGUGGCCAAGGUGUUGAUUGAACACGGAGCAAGUGUUGAUGCCAAGGACGAUGAUGGCUGGGCACCUCUGCCUCAUGCUUGCGUCAAGGGCCACGUGGACGUGGCGGAACUGUUGAUCUCAGAAGGAGCAAGUGUCAAUCUCAAGGACCAUGAUGCCAACGUACCCCUGCAUUGGGCAGCUUACUACGGAGAGGUGCCGGUGGUGAAGCUGUUGUUCUCACAUGGAGCAAAAGUUGAUGCCACGGACAAUGAUGGCUUUACGCCACUGCAUGAUGCUGCGAUGAGCGGCUUCCAUCUGUCGACGGUGAAGCUGUUGAUCUCCCACGGAGCAGAUGUCAAUGCCAAGGACUCUCAGGGCAGCACGCCUCUGCAUUGGGCUGCAGCUGACGGCCACCUGGGGACGGCGAAGCUGUUGAUCUCGCACGGAGCAGAUAUCAAUCUCAUGGACGAUCAUGGCUGGACGCCUCUGCAUGAUGCUUGCAUUGAUGGCCGCGUAGAGGUGGCCAAGGCAUUGCUCUCAAAAGGAGCAAAUGUCAAUGUCAGGGACCAUGACGGCAAAACACCUCUGGAUAUUGCUGAAAUGAACGGCCGCUUUGAGAUGGCGAAGCUGUUGAUGUCAAAAGGUGGGAUGAAGUUGGCGCAGACCAAUGUGACGGAUGUUGACAAAGUCUGAGCCAAAGUGGCCAUGGCACAGCGUUUGUUUUCAAGCCGCUAGGCCAGAAAUCUCUGUAAACAGCUCCAUUGGACGGGGGCAAAGUCCUUCGCAGUUAGGCACAGAAGAUGUUGGAUGGGCCAGGAUGAAGAUCCAUUUGCCAGCAAUUUUGAUGUGACCAAGUUACCCGGCUGUUGACUCGUCGGCCAAACUAGG